CGCCACCCGCUGCAAGAACCGCGGCGGGCAGAGCGCCAGGGACCAGCGCAAGCUCAGCUUCUACCCGACGGACGCAACUUGGUGGAGAAGGCGAUGAUACGGCAGCGUCCAAGGACUCUGCAAUAUGUGCGGAGGGUCCUGAAAUGAACAGCAAAGAGAUUCGACUGAAAAAUAAAAUUUGCACAUCUAACUCUGUUUCGUUGCUGCCUAUAUGGAAGGGAUGUUCCAGCAGGGCAGGCAGUGAUGGUGGCUUUGGCUUAAAAGUGAAGUGUCCUGUGUAUGGCAGCUUGCAUGCCAGGCGGAGGUCCUGGAAGAGUAGGCAAAUUUCCACUUCAUGAUAAAGAGAGACUUGAGAAAUGGUUACGGAAUAUGAAGCGAGAUUCAUGGACCCCAAGUAAGCACCAGCUCCUCUGCAGUGAUCAUUUUACCCCUGAUUCCCUGGAUGUGCGAUGGGGGAUACGAUACCUGAAACAUACUGCUGUGCCAACUAUUUUCUCUUCCCCAGAUGAAGAGGAAAAAGAUUCUUCUCAGAACAGUCCACAACAGGUACAGAAAGACGAUCAGGAAAAAACAAAUGUAGUAUCAGAGAAUGCAACUGUACCACUUGAAUCUUGUACACCAAAGAAAAAUCCUGUAAUUGCACAAAAUGUAGAGGAAAAAGCAGAAGUAGUUUGCCCAACUGUAUUGAGUAAACCUUUACAAAUUCAAAACCUACAACUCCAAAAUGAAGCUGGCUUUCAGGCAGACAGUGUCAUUGUUGAUAGUUCAUCUGAGCAGUAUGUGCAUCAGCCUAAUACUGUUUUAAUGGCAGCAGCAGUCCAGAGCAUGGAAGCUCCCAGUGUUCAUACUUCCGUGGAGAAUCCAGGAGGUUGUACAGCUACAGUCCUGCAAUUUACAGACCCUGACUACUUGAAUUCAUCUCUGAAACUGGACAAUGCUUUAGGGUCAGUUACUGACUAUGUAGUUGAAAAUCCUGUCCCUCAUGUGGUCUGUUCUGGUGAUGUGCAGACAAGUGAAGAUGCAGUUUUACUGAGUACAGUCACACAAACUAUUGAGCAGUUCAGUGGAAGUGAAGAGUCUGUCAUUGCUAUUAUUGUGCCAGCUGAGAGUCCAGAAGAGCCUGAAAGAGUAAAUACUUCUUUCCUGCCUGCUAAGGAAGAGUUUCUUGACACAGAGGAGAGAGAAGUGAUUGAAUAUGCUGGAAAUGAAAUACUGCAGACKGAGCAUUCAUACUGCAGACAAGACAUAGACAGAGAUCACCUUUGGCAAAAAAUUUCAAAACUCCACUCUAAGAUAACUUUACUUGAAAUGCAGGAGGUAAAAACUUUGGGGAGACUCAGGUCCUUGGAAGCUUUUAUUGGACAGCUGAAGCAAGAAAACCUGCUUCCUGAAGAAAAGCUGAAAAUGGUAGAAAACUGCUUUACAACACUUGAAGUGACUAUGAUACAGUAAAGGCUUUCAGUUAUGGUUCUGAAAUAUCUUUUUAGCCUCUUUGGCUGUACUUUUGUACAAAUUAACUGUUUUUUCCGUCAUGGCAUUCUAAACAUCUAAUAUUCUUUAAAAUGUUACAUCAACCAAAGCUAAGUGGUAGAAUCUUUUCUGUAAAACAUGACUUGCGGGUAAGAUUUAAAAAAACCCUGAAUUUGGCAAAGUUUUCUUUAAAAAUGGAUGUGAAUCAAGUCAGUACAAGAUAAGGCUUCUCUGAAACACGCAAUGCCUGAAUUUGGGGCAGCUGUAGAAUGGAG